GUAGAACACAAUCGCACAUCCACAUCCGUCGUACGCUACACACGACGGGCGAGGUUGUAAUCCUAUCCAUACUGCUUACAUUCCUUCUCAUCAAACCAUGGAUACCUCCGUAUACACCGACAUCAUCGUCGAGGUGGCAGAUGGGGUCGGGGUGAUCAAAUUCAAUCGACCAAAGCAGCUCAACUCGUUCGGCGGGAACCUGGUCGUGGACACGAUUGACGCCUUGCGAAAGUUGAACGAGCAUCCAGACACCUACUUCACCGUCAUCACCGGCGAGGGACGCUUUUUCGCAUCUGGCGCCGACGUUACCAACGUCUCGUCAAAACAGAAAUCGUUCAGGCAUGACGGCGAAAAGAAGGUGUACUGGCAGCAGCACAUCGCCAUCGGCACGGAGCUCGUGCGGAGCCUGAUUGAGCAUAAGAAGGUGUUGGUGCUCGCCAUGAACGGGCCCGGCGUGGGCGCAGGCGCGUCGUGGUUCCAAGGCUCGUCCGACAUUUUCUACGCUGCGGAAGACGCGUGGAUGCAGGUGACGUUCAGCCAGCUGGGCCUGGUGCCCGAGGCGGGCUCGGCGAUCAGUUGGGCCAACAGCAUGGGAACGCACCGCGCCAACGACUGGUUGAUGUUUGGCGGCAAAGCGACGGCGCAGGAGAUGCAUCAAAUGGGGCUGGUCAAUAAGAUCUUCCCCACCAAAGGCUUCCACGAGGCCGUCAAGGACUAUCUGAAGGAGAUGCUCAAAGACCGCAGCGGGAAGAGCAUGAUGGAGAUGAAGCGGCUGCAGAACUCGUCGACGCGGAGCGCGAGGCUGCUGGCGCUGUUUGAGGCGACGGAUGCGCUCAGCGAGAGAUUCGUCGACGGCGAGCCGGCGGUGCGCAUGACGGCCAAGAUGGAGGAAUUGAAGAAGAAACGGGAGGGCCGGGCGUCGAAGAUUUAAUUGCGAUGUGCAGUACGAGAGUGGUCUAUAGGGCAACGGGCAAGCCAUUUCACUCAUCGGGGCAAUGCUGACAAGGGGUUGCACUCCUAUUCUCCCAUAUGCUCAUCACUCAACGGCCGAUUAAACGUGCAACGCUUGCAAGGGUGUGGCUGCAACGCGCCAACGUGGCUUAGGUUAGCGGGGCAAUUUGUCUAGGCGACCACACAGCAGUGCCAUCAUCUCAAACCUUGUUUGCGU